UACUGCCAAGUACGAAAGUGGUUGUGUUUUCUAAACGUGAAAUAAAUCUGUGGAUCAUUUUAUUUUUUAUUCAUUUUUUAAUACUAACGUUGUGAAUUUUCGUUUAAAACGAGUCAUUUAUUAAACAAUUAUCGAAAGACACUAAUAUUUUGCAUACUGUUAAAGAAGCAAUAUAAAUUAAAAUGGCCGACAAUAGCAAUAUUAGUAAAUUUGAUGUUAAACUACAAGCUUUGAUUUUAAGAAACCCCCAUCAGUGUCCACUAUGCCAAUUAUAUUAUCAUCGCAAAAACGCCCUCAUCGAACAUAUAGAUUUAUGCUCAAGCGUUAAUAAUUAUAAGAAUCGUGAAGAGAUUUAUACGAAAAAUAUCAUAGCACUUGAAGAGGAAGCUAAAAGUAUGGCUAGUAAAGGUCUUUGUUAUUGUUGUGCUGAAACGCUGAAUUUGCAACAUAAAGGUAUAAUUCCUUGUAAUCUAUGUAAAAAAUGUUUCUAUACACGCGCUGGAUUUGAGCGCCAUGUCUUCACAUCGCAUUUUACAGAUGAUACAUUUUUAUGCGAAAUAUGUGGGGAUCACCUACGGUCAAAAGUUUUUUUAAAACUGCACUUGGAUCAGCAUAAGAUAUUAGGCACGGCACACGUAUGUGAAUAUUGUAAACAACAGUUUGUACGAGUCAACCAUUUCCAACGACACAUCACUUAUUCCCAAUGUGCCAUACGACAUGGUCACUUUAAAUGCAUAAAGUGCCAGACAUCAUUUACUGAUCUAAACAGUUUAAAGUUGCAUAAAAAGGAGCAUACGGAUAACCAAGCCAAACAGACUAAGUUUGUGUGUAGGUACUGCGAGAGAACAUGUCCUAAUAAGUUUACACUUAAAAUACAUGAAAGGAUCCACACAAAGGAGCUACCUUUUGUUUGCGAUACGUGUUCGAAAUCCUUUAAGUCGCUUCGUGAAGUAAAAGUACAUAGACGUUAUCAUACCGGAGAAAAACCCUAUGAAUGCCCAAGUUGUCUAAAAUGUUUCACAACAAAGGAAGUACUCAAUCGACAUAAAAAGGUACAUACCAAUGAUCGCAAAUAUGUAUGUAAUAUGUGCGAGAAAUCCUUCAUACAACACGUCCAUCUCAAAUUGCAUGCCAAGCAACAUGAUGGUCCACAUAAGUGUCAGAUUUGCUCGGCUACAUUUAAAUUUUAUACAACAUUUUUAUAAUUAAUUUUAAGAUUAAUACAUUUGGUGCUGCAUUUCAUCACUGGCAGGAGCGUCAUAUGAUGCAAAAUAUGGUGUGUUCUCAAAUAAACCGCAAUAAGUGGAUAAAUCUAGUAAGAAAACAGUCUAAGAUACCUGAUAACUAAUAUACCAGAAGUCUGGUUAGGUUAAAAUUGCAGCCUUAUGAACCAAAGCUACUGUGUCCCAAAUGAUCACCUGUCAAACUAGUGGCUUAAAUUGCUCGUGUUGUUGAAAAUUGCAGCAAAAUAUUAGGUUUCCCGCUAUCUAAUGAGCAAGUUUUGAAAAAAGAAAACAAGUUUACUGUAAUUUGAGCAAGCUUAGAUAUCCGACGAAACUUAUUUGUAUUUCCUUUUACUUUUCAUUAUUAAUUUAUUAUUCGUUUAUUAAA